GGAACCCUCAACUUUCACAGACCACCUGAGACAACACCUGCAGAGCAAUGGCGUCCAUCGUGCUGAAGAGAACCGCCCAAAAGGUGCGAAACUCCGGUCUUAUCUUGUUGAGCAUGAACAAUCGCAGAUGCCUUUGGUAGGCUUUGGUCUGUGGAAGGUCAACAAAGACACUUGCGCCGAGACUGUCUUCAACGCCAUCAAGUCUGGAUACCGUCUCCUCGACGGUGCCGGUGACUACGGCAAUGAGAAACAAGCCGGUGAGGGUGUCAAGAAAGCCAUUGAGGCCGGGAUCGUAAAGCGGGAGGACCUCUUCAUCACUUCCAAGCUUUGGAAUACCUUCCAUGCGAAGGAGCAUGUAGCGGCCCUUGCCAGGAAACAAUUGGCUGACUGGGGUCUGGACUACUUUGACUUAUACCUCGUCCACUUCCCCAUCGCCCUCAAGUACGUCGACCCGAGCCACAGAUACCCUCCCGAGUGGUUCGGCGAUGACGGCAAAGUCUACCUUCAAAACACACCCAUGAUCGAGACAUGGCAGGCCAUGGAGCAGGUCGUCGACGACGGUCUCGCGAAGAACAUUGGUCUGAGUAACUGCCAGGGAUCGCUGAUCCUGGACGUCUUCCGCUACGCUCGCUAUGAACCGCAGGUGCUCCAGAUCGAGCACCACCCUUACCUGACUCAGGAGCCGUUGAUCAAUUUGUGCAAGACUCUCGGCAUCGCAGUCACCGCGUACUCAUCCUUCGGCCCCCAGAGUUACGUGGAGCUCGGCGCCCACAAGGGCGCAGCGAGUCUGCUGCAGCACAACUUGAUUGCGGAGAUCGCGCAUCACAAGGGUAAAUCCGCGUCCCAGAUCCUGCUGCGCUGGGCUACACAAAGAGGACUGGCUGUCGUGCCCAAGUCGAACAAUCACAAGCGGUUGCUCCAAAACUUGGAGUGCACCGACUUUGACCUGUCGCCGGAAGAGAUGAAGGCGAUCAGCGCUCUCAACAUCAACUUGAGGUUGAACGACCCUGCGGACAUUGAUUCCCGCAUGGCUAUCUUCGCCUAA